AUGGUGCCUCCAGCACGGCCAAUAAGGAAGCUCUUGGUAGCCAACAGAGGCGAAAUCGCCGUCCGCAUUCUCCAGGCAGCCAGGGAACUUCCUAAUCCCGUGGAGACCUACGCGCUCUAUACACCUGAUGAUCAAUCCCAUUGCGAACUCGGGGCCCCCAACCAUGCGCUGGCGCUGCCGUCUCCGGCAUCAUAUAUGGAUGUUUCCCUGCUCGUGAAACUAGCCAAAGAACACUCCAUCGACACUGUUCAUCCUGGAUACGGGUUUUUGAGCGAAAGUCCAGAGUUUGCCCAGCGGAUGUGGGAAGAAGCGGGUGCCAAAGUCAUUGGACCAGGAUGGGAAGUUUUGGCGCAGACUGGCGACAAGCUGCAAGCGAAGGAGUUGGCAGAAGCUUGUGGAGUGCCUGUUUUGAAAGCCAUCACACAACCAACCAGUGAUUUGAACGUUAUCAAGGCUUUUGCUGCCGAGGUUGGAUAUCCAGUGAUGAUCAAGGCCGUGGAUGGGGGAGGGGGUAGAGGAAUCCGCCUCGUUAGAAGCGAAGAUACGCUGCAAGCGUCCGUUGACAGAGCUAUGGGUGAAUCACCCUCAAAGAAGGUUUUUGUGGAAAAGGCCGCAGUCGAAGGAUACCAUCAUGUCGAGGUGCAGGUCAUUGGUGACGGGACCGGGCAAGUUAGACAUCUUUGGGAGAGAGACUGCAGCAUUCAGCGACGGUUUCAAAAGAUUGUCGAGUGCGCUCCUGCACUCAUGAAAGACCGCAAGUUAAUUUGCCUGGUGAUUGAAGCAGCGCUACGCAUCGCCAAUAGGAUCAAAUAUCUAUCCCUGGGAACAUUUGAGUUCCUCGUCAACGAGCAGGCAUCCGAAUUCUAUUUCCUGGAGAUCAACCCACGGUUGCAGGUGGAGCAUACCAUAACUGAGUGCAUAACGUCCGUCGACCUUGUACGGUCUCAAUUCCUCCUGGCCCAGGGAGCAUCGCUUCAAGACAUAGGACUCGGUGAAAAUCGAGACCCAGAAACGCCACCUGGCCCGCAUUCCAUCCAGUUGCGCCUCUGCGCCGAAGAUCCAAAUGCCAAUUUCGCUUUGAGCAUUGGCAAAAUAACAGGAUUCCAUGUACCGGGGGGCAAUGGUGUCAGAGUUGACACCAAUAUUUCAGACCUUUCGCCCGUUGUGGUGGGGUCCGACUUUGAUAACAUGGUUGCAAAGAUCAUUGUCACGGCUGCAAGCUGGGACGCAGUCAUUUCAAAGGCCAGAAGAGUUCUUGAGGACACAAAAAUUUCAGGAAUCAAAACGAAUAUCGAUGUCCUUCGGGCCGUCAUCGACAGCGCAGAUUUUAGGGAGUGGAGGGCUGACACGCAGUGGCUUGAAAGCAACCUCAAUGAUAUCGUUGCAUGCGGCCAGAAGAUCUCACAAUCCAUACAAUCAAACAAACCCUCCUUGCCCGCAUCAUCUGUCUCGCAGACAUUAUCUGCAGCAGCCUCUAACGUGCUCCUUAGGAAAGGGGACGCAUGGUCCAUCGACCUGCAGCCAGUGGGCGAGAAGUCUAACUCUUCUCAACUACCUCACCACUUGCUUUUGAGCCGAGUUCUGCGUAACGAAUUUCCAACAUCUCUAAGAGCAGAAAUCGAAUACACAACUCCAGCAACUGUCUCAACCCCUGCCAAGACCGCUGCGUACAUCAUGACACUUUCCACCACGUCCACAUCUGCCAGCGCCUUGUCCUCAACUCACCGUUUGGGAGAUCCAAACAACCAAGGCCACGUCAUUCUUCCAAUUAGCGGAAAAUUGAUCGAGAUGUUGGUAGCUGAGGGUGACGAGGUCGAAGAGAACGCUGUCAUUGCAUUUGUAAAGCAGAUGAAGAUGGAAAUCGAAGUGCGUAGCCCUCGCGCAGGAAGGGUAACUUGGGUUCUCGAGUUGGAGUCUGAAGAUGGAGAUGAUGUACCUGAAGGAGUCCUGCUUGCGGAGCUCGAGGCGAUCGAGACUACAGCCGCAAGUUCAGUUGCCGUGAGAGGAAAAUUAUGA